AUGCCUCCCCCUCCCAAACGAACAGUCCUCAUAACAGGCUGCUCAGACGGCAGUCUAGGCGCCCACCUUAGCCUCGCCCUCCACGCCGCCGGCUGGCGCGUCCUCGCCACCGCCCGCAACCCCUCCAAACUCCAAACCGUCCGCUCCGCGAGCAUCGAGACCCUAACGCUCGACACACUCUCCCAAGACUCCAUCCCAGCCUGCGUCUCCCAAGUCCACGACCUCACGAAUGGCUCCCUCGAUAUGCUCAUCAACAACGCCGGCGCGGGCUACUCCAUGCCGCUCCUCGAUGUCGACCUCUCCAAGACCCGGCAUAUCUUUGAGCUCAACGUCUUCUCCUUGAUCACAGUCACCCGAGCCUUCGUACCUCUGCUCCGAAAGUCGAAGUCAGGCGGCAUCAUCGUCAACAACACCGCCUGCUCCUCCCUUCCCUGCGCCGCUCUCCCCUUCGCAGGCUCCUACAACGCCUCCAAAGCCGGCGCAGCGAGUCUGACCGAAGUCCUGCGCUUGGAACUCGCGCCGUUCGGUAUCCGCGUCAUAAACCUCAUGACGGGUGCCGUCAAAUCCACAUUCCACGAGAACGCGCCUCAUGUCUCGCUUCCGAAGGACUCGUUGUAUAAUCCCGCCAAGGAGCGGAUCGAGCGAACGAUGUCCGGCGCGGAUGCCGCUGACGCUGGCGAUGAUCCGGCGAAGUGGGCGGAGAAAGUCGCUGCGAAGCUUGGGAGGAAGAAGGUCAGUCAUUGGGUGUGGCAGGGGAAGUGGACGUUGACGACGUGGGUUUUGAGUUUCUUACCCCUCGGGGUUAUGGAUGGGGCUGUGAAGGGGAUGACGGGGAUUGAUGUUUUGGAGGAGAAGAUUAGGGAGGUGGAGGGUGGUGGGGAUAAGAGCAAGGCUUUGUGA